AACAGGGCCCGUGAAUCUUGGGGCCCACCCAGCCCGGCAAGGCCGGGCCGAGCCGAGGUUUUGUUGUUGUGGUUGCUGCACACUGCUGACUGACACACUGGGCUUUGGUUGGUCUUCGCCACCCUGGCCUGGAUCUAUUUUUGAAGGAUAGCGUGGCAGUUGUCAGACGCGGGUCCAUCUAGAAUAAUUUCCACAUGAUGUCGAAGUUACAGCAGCGAAUGAAUGAACCAGAAUACAAGAACUGGAUGAAAUCUGGGCAAGCAUUGAAGAUUUUGAAUGACAGCCUACAACUCAUCGCAGAACAAAAGAUGACAACCUUCCAUGAAAUGUUAAAAAGAAAGAAUGGUUCUCUUCAAAAGUGCACGACAUGUAAAUCAAAAAAAGGACCAGCUGAUACCUGCGGAACAUGCCAACAAUGGAAGAAAGAUAUAUUCGAUAAACACAGUAACCAAAAGAUGACCUAUUGGGCUAACCUUGAUACGAAGCUGUGGCCGGAAGACAAGUGGGAAGUUGCAAAGACUUACAUGCCAAGAGGACAGACGCCUGGAGAGUAUGAUCCUGAUGUAAGUGGAGUUUUGAACCUGAUGAAAACAUGUAAAAUAUUUCAACCAGAUGUUAACAAGAAGAGAAUUGAAAAGGUUCUUCAAGUACGAAAUGAUAUCAUGCACUCUGCGGACUUCAAAGUUUCUGAUGAUGACUUGAAAAAACAUUUAGACACAAUCAUAAAACUGUUUGAUGCACUACCAAACCCAAAGCAAAAAGACCAAAUAAAUCAUCAGAUGGUUGCUGAAUUGGAGAAGUUUGAAUUUAAUGUCUGUGAUAAUCAACGAUCUUCUGGUGUAACUCAAAGUGAUAGCCCUAGUGGAACCUCCAAUCCAAUAACUCAACUACAAGCAAUUGACGUGCAACAGCUGGAGACAGAACUUUUAUCUGAGCGUUUCAAAGCUUUAGAACAAAGACUUGAUAAUAUAGAAGAUCAGUUAUCCAAUCAGGAAAAACAAGACCUACAAAGGGAUUUUGAAGAGUUUCUCAACAACAACCCUGAUUUGGAGACAACCUUUGGUGCGCGGCUGACUGAAAUAUUUGAAAAACGUUUGUCAACGGUUGAGGGUCAAGUCAGCAAUAUAGACAGCAGACUAGAUUCGCUUGAAAAAGCAAAACGAAAAGGUGCUAGUAGUCAACAGCCGUCGUACAAGAAUUGUCUUAAAGAGUAUUGCGACAAACAUGGGCUUUGUCCAGUUUAUAAUGAAAAAUUUUUUGAACAAGGGCAUGGUUGUACUCUUGAACUGGAUGGAAAAACAUUUGAAACUGAUGAGCCUUCUAAAAGGAAAGUUGAGGCUGAACAGAAAGCAGCUAAAAAAGCAUUGGAUUUUUACGGUUUGUUAGCUUCUUCAAGUAGAACUGAGAAUGCAACAGACAUCACCAAGCCUACGCAACAGCUCAAUGAUGAACCAGCUGGAAAAGAAAAGCCAGAAGCAUCUUCCAAGUCGAGUGAAGUACCGGAAAACAAUCUGCAUGGAUAUGCUAAUGUGACCAGCUAUCUUAAGACUUUAAAUAAGACUGCUGCACAAUAUCUUAAAGAACAUUGUGAUAAAGACAACCAAUACCAGAUUGUAAAGUACACAGAGACAGAGGUGAAAGGCAAGGGUUACUCUACUACUUGCGUAAUGAAGAUUGAUGGCAUAGAGAAAUCAUUUGAAGGAGAGAUUGGAGAAGGUAAAAAGUCUGCCAAACAAAAUGCAGCAUUAAAAGCAAUAGAGAAAUUAUUUUUCAGUAACCCAAGAAAUGAGCCAACAAGCACAGAAACUGUACUAUCCAGUACAGAAAUUGUGCCAUCGAAAAGUGGUGCUGUACAAAGCAUUGCAAGACCUUUGACAUCCAGUGAUGGUGUUGUAUCUUCCUGUGCAGCAGCUAUGUCAUCAACUGAAGAAUUUGGUGCAUAUGCUGUGCGAUCACAUUCAGAUGCUGUGUCAUCUGCAAAGACACUGCCAUCAAUUUCAGGAGCUUCAUCAUCCUGUUCUGGAGUAGUUCCACCCAGUACAGGAGCAGUAACAUCCAGUACCGUUGCUUUACCAUUCAGCACAGAUGUUGCACCCUCUAGUGCAGCAGCUAUACCAUCCAGCACUGGAUUUGUGCCACCCGGUGCAUGUGCUGUGCCAUCCAGUCAAGAAACCACACCACCAAGUACAGGGACUGUGCCAACCAAUCAAGGAGCUAUGCCUCUUAGUACAAAAGAGUUACCAUCCAAAGUGGAUCAUCAAUUGGAGAAUGAUAAUGAUAUUCUCAUUGAGAUUGAAACUAUUUACAAGAACCAACUACAGCAGGUUAUACAGAAGCAAGGUGAGAAAAAGACACCAGACUACAACAAUACUGCAGAAGUAACAUACAACGGUAACAAAUAUUAUAAAGGUGUUGUCAAAUUUCAUUAUAAAUAUCAAGUCAAAAGUGAGGGAAAAUGUAACAAUAAGAAAAAGGCAGAGCAGGAGGCUUCUAAAAAAGCGUUAACUCAAUUGAAAUCAAACAAGAAAGAUGAUGAAAAUAGUAAAGGAAAACUAUUGGAACUGUUCCCUCGGGAGGCUCUUGAUUUUCAAACCGUUAACGUUGAGGAUAAUACUUGGUCUUGUACAUUGACGUUGGAUUUGCUUCUUCAAAUUGAGGCAAAGAAGCUAUCCAAAUCAAAGGGUAAUGCCCAUCAGUUGGCUGCGAAGGAAGCUUUAAACAAGAUUAAAGACGGGAGUGUCUUUGAUUUUCAAUAUAUAGAUCGUAAAAAGUGAGAUACUUUUUGUUUAUGUACUAGCUGUUAGAUCAGCAGUACUGAAAAAUGUUAUUCAACAUUUCAUCACUGUCACCAACAAGCAACAUAAAACAUGCUGUGGCAGUAAUGAAACUCUUUUGUGUGGUAAAGAAUACUAAAAUGCUUGAAACCCGGUAUGUGCAAUGAAAAAUGAAAUUUCUGAUUUUACACACUACUGUAAUCACAGAGUACUUUGUGUCUAGUUCUUGGUGUGGGUGAUAAUUUUUCUGAUGGUAGAACUCAUUUUCAUUUUUCUGGUUGAUUGAUAAGUUGAAGUGCAAAUUGAUUCCUGCUGGAUUGAACCCGCAGAAAAUUAUUAAGUUAAAUGUUUGUGUAAGUAUUUCAAAUGUAAUAGUAGUAUAAAGUUAGUAUGUAUAUGUACAGUAUAUUGUCUUAAUAGACAUGAAAUGGAACCAUUUUAAAAACUAAAUUAUAUGAAAAUAUAAUUAUCUUUUAAAGUUAACUAACGUUUUGGAUUUUAUUUAAUGUUUUAUGACAUCUGCAAUAAAAUUAGAUAUACAGUAGCUCAAUUUGAUUAAUAGUGUAAUGUAAUAAUAGUGUAAUGUAAUAAUAGUGUAAUGUAAUAAUAGUGUAAUUGCUUUUGAUCAAAAUGAAGUGUGUUAUACCAAUACGUAGUGCUGUUCACUAAUAGAAUGUUUGUAGCACACAUAUGUUCAAAAUACUAUUACAGUACCUACUAGUUUUAUUAAGUCUUUCUAUGUUAAGCACAGGUUAGAAUUGUAUAUGUUUGAUAGUAAAAAUAAUUGUAAAUUAUUAUGUGGUUACAAAAUGAAAUACGAGGUGGAUAACCAUUGGACGACCAUCAGCUGUGUCCGUGGCAGUUUUAAGUUAAAAAUAAUCCAUUGUACCUCACGUCAAUCUUGUGUAUAAUAGAGUACCCACUAAAAAUGGUAAUGUCAUGAAUACUCUUAUUGGUGCUAACAAAUUUUUAAAAUGCAUAAUUUUUAUUCAGUCAAGACCUAGCAUAUCAGGAUGUUUGUAGUAUGAUACAGGCAUCAAAUUGAGCCAGAAUAUCGCUAAAUAUGUUAUUUUCCCAAUUUCACAUAAUAGAAGUGCUUUUAAUGUUUAUUCCAAAAUACUAAUAAUAUUUUUAUUUGGCUAUUGUGUAUUUUUUUUAAUUGUUUAUCCAAAGUAUAUUGUUCUCUAUAAAAGUAGAUGUACAUGUAGUAUCACAAUAGAUGUUUUAGAUAUCAACAUAUAACAAUCUUGAAUUAAUCUUAAAUCGGUGAUUUUUGUUGUCCAAGACAAAAAAUAUAUACAAGAAUAAUAAACUUAAAUUUUCCCUCUUUCUUAAUUGCAAACUUCUGUGGUUCUUUUAAAUGAACGAUUAAAUGUUAUUUUUUAGUUUUUUCUUGAAUUUCUAAGUGGCAAUAUAUCUAAUAGUUGAUGAAUUAAAAUAAACUUCAUACACAAUUACAGCAAAAAUUAAUUUAAUAGAGCUACCCAAAAAACUAGACUUAAUAUCUGUAAAACAGAACAUAACGCUUUUCCUCGUUGAGAUAAUGAGAACUGGUGUUGAAAUCAUACAUGAAAAACAAAUCAAAAAGAAUGUUCUGAA